GGCUCCUCCUGUCACAGCCCAGCCGGAAGGGAGCCGCAGCGAGCUUGGGGCGGGGAGGAAGCGAGCGCAGGCGAGCCCGCGGACACCCAGCGUAGGGAGCUCAGGUUCGGCGGCUCGGCUCCAAGCCCGGCGAGGCGAGCUUGCGGGCGGGCGAGGGAGCCCGCCGGGAGCCGCGGCCAUGGCUCUUCCCGCGGGGCUCUGGGCAGCCUGGAUCCAGCUGGUGCUGAGCGCCGGAGCCACCAGCCAGGCGCUGGGUGUGGCAGGGGCACCUGUGUCCGAGCCCCAGGUGGCCGUGUUCUGUGGGAAGCUGACCAUGCAUCGAAACCUGCAGACGGGCGGGUGGGACCCCGAUGCUGCCGGCGCCCGCAGCUGCUUCCGCAACCGCCAGGAGAUCCUCGCCUACUGCCAAGAGGUGUACCCCGAGCUGCAGAUCACCAAUGCAGUGGAAGGCACCCAGCCAGUCACCAUCGACAACUGGUGCAAGAAAGGACGUCCCCAGUGCACGGGGCAUCGGCACAUCGUGGUGCCCUACAGGUGCCUGGUGGGUGAGUUUGUCAGUGAAGCUCUUCUUGUGCCUGACACCUGCAAGUUCCUGCACCAGGAGAAGAUGGAUUCAUGCGAGAGCUAUGUCUACUGGCACGGCGUGGCCAAGGAGGCCUGCAGCAGCGAGGGACUGGAGCUGCACAGCUAUGGGAUGCUGCUGCCCUGUGGGGCUGACCGCUUCCGGGGUGUGGAGUAUGUGUGCUGCCCCUCACUCCCCCUCCCUGUCCGGCUGGAGGAACCCACCCCGGUCCCACACAACAUGGCCCACCUGAAGGAAGAGCCCAAGCACAGUGAGAGGCUCCCAACAGGCUGGGCCCCCAUGGAAGAGGAGACGCUGGAGGCAGAUGGGGAUGGGGAGGAGGAUGUUGAGGAGGAGGAGGAAGAGAACGAAGGCCCCAGGGACAGUGCAGCCGACACUGACCCCUUCCCGGCCACCUGGGAUGACUAUUUCGUGGAGCCCGGUUACUACGAUGACAGCGUCACCCAGACCACCAUCACCACCACCACGCGGACCACCGAGGAGGAGGGCAAAGCCAACCCUACCCCGCACCCCACAGAUGGCGUGGAUAUCUACUUCGAGAUGCCAGGCGAUGGGAGUGAACACGCCAACUUCCUGCGAGCCAAGAUGGACCUGGAGGAGCGCAGGAUGAAACAGAUUAACAAGGUGAUGAAGGAGUGGGCCGAGGCGGACAACCAGGCCAAGGAGCUACCCAAGGCUGACCGGCAGGCGCUGAAUGAGCAUUUCCAGUCUAUCCUGCAGACACUGGAGGAGCAGGUGGCAGGCGAGCGGCAGCAGCUGGUGGAGACACACCUGGCCCGGGUGGUGGCCCUGCUCAAUGACAAUCGGCGCGUGGCACUGGAGAGCUACCUGAGCGCUGUGCAGAGCGACAGCCCGCAGCCAGAGCGGGUGCUGCCGGCGCUGAAGCGGUACAUGCGGGCGGAGCAGAAGGACCAGCGACAUACGCUGCGGCACUACCAGCAUGUCCGUGCCGUCGAUCCCGAGAAGGCCGAGCAGAUGAAGUUCCAGGUGUAUACCCACCUGCACGUCAUUGAGGAGCGCAUGAACCAGAGCCUGGCCCUGCUCUACAAGAACCCUCAGCUCUCUGUGGGGUUGCGGGACCAGAUACAGGAGCUGCUGCGGGCAGAGCGGGCAGGGACCAGCAGCCUGCUCACCACGUCCAUCUCCGAGACACGCACCACCGAGGAGUUCCUGCCGCUGGACAGCAGUGAGGACCUGAGCCCCGAGGACCAUCCUGACCACCUGGGGGCUGGGGACUUCUUCCAGGGGGAAGACUCCCAGCCAGCCACGAAGAAAGCCUCGGGGAUGGCGGCGGAGUAUGACUACCUCACCAGCGAGAAGAUCCCGUUGGGCAAGGAUGAGGAGAGGGUAAACAUCUCCGUGGGGGACAUCAAAGAAGUGGUGUACAAGUCCCCGGAGAUCCAGCGCGACGAGCUGGAGCCGGACACCCUGGUAACCAUUAACAGGGGUGCCCUGAUUGGCCUGCUGGUGGUAGCAGUGGCGGUCGCCAUGGUGAUCAUUAUCAGUCUCCUGAUAGUUCGCCGGAAGCCCUACGGGACCAUCAGCCACGGCAUCGUCGAGGUGGACCCCAUGGUGAGCCCCGAGGAGCAGCAGCUCAGCAAGAUGCAGAACCACGGCUACGAGAACCCCACCUACAAAUUCUUCGAGGAGAUGCAUUGAGAGGCCGGCUGCACCAUGGGUGGGAGGGGCAGUGGGGGGGACAUGGCGUGAAGCAUUUACAAACUGCUACCCCUCCCCUAACACUGACAGGAGAGGAUUAAACCCCCUUCCCCCUCAUGCCUUCCCAUCCCAUCUCCCCUUCACCCACUGUCCCCCCACAAUGCUACCUAGCCUCCCCAAUGUGUCCCCCUCCAAUGUUCCCCAGCCCCCCACAACCCUGCCCCUAGUGCUCCCCCAGUCCCUUUCCCAUUCUGGUUUCUAAACAGCCCACGCUGCCCCCAUGGAAUCAUGUCCCUACAAUGAGGGGGGGCUUUGGGUGUGCUGUAGCAGGGGUGUGGUGGGGGGGUCAAUCCCAUCAGCUGGGCUGUGGGGGGUGUUCAGGGAGGUGGUUUUUCUAGGUGUUUCAAAUGUGUGCACAUGCACACAAGACCGUAACUACACACAGCAACCCACCAAUGUGCACCCUCUCUUACGUGCAAGGCUAUGACCUACGUCUACACAAUUCAGACAGGUUUCCUACAUCCAACACCCAGCCCUACACACAGCAACACUUGUGUCCAAAUCCACGUGCUGUUAGGUGCACACAUACACACAUGUCCCUCGCUAGCUGUACUUAGUAUCAGAGGGGUAGCCGUGUUAGUGUGUAUCAACAAAAACAACGAGGACUCCAGUGGCACCUUAAAGACUAACAGAUUUAUUUGGGCAUAAGCUUUCAUGGAUAAAAACCUCGCUUCUUCAGAGGCAUGAGUGAAAUACCUGUAUCUGUAACUUUCACUCCACGCAUCUGAAGAAGUGUUUUUUUACCUACGAAAGCUUAUGACCCAAUAAAUCUCCCCAGACUCCUUGUUGUUUUAGCUGUACUUAAUUUAUUUCAAAGCUUGAUUUGGGGAGGGGCGUUGGGGUGGGGAGCAGUGGGAUAGGGUAUAUCCACUUCCCAUGACUGGAGGGUUCGGUGUCUGGAGCAGGCAGGACUAGGCAGCGUUGCCCUGGGUCUCUCCAGAGCCUACAUUUGCCCCUUGCCCUGCCAGAAACUCCACACACGACUCCACAAACUCCCCACCCCAGUAAAAUGGCUGAAAUAGGAUAUACCACCUUAACUCCUGCAGUGAGGGGGGCAGUGGGGAUAUAUCCUCAUGCCAGCGGGGGGAGGGGGAGUUGGGAUAUACCAUCUUGUCCCUGGCCGUUGGGGGGGGGGAGUGUAUUUGGGACAUACCACCUUACUCCCUAUGGGGGUGGGGGGAAGAUGGGGUGGGGGUUAACAAAAUAAAAAAUGAGGGUAAUUUAUUUCCUCUGCGUAAAGCUGCGUGCACCCUGGGUUUUGUCCUUUGUUCCAUCUGCAUUUAGUGUCGGUAGAGUGACCAGACAGCAAAUGUGAAAAAUUGGGACAGGGGUGGUGGGUAAUAGGAGCCUAUAUAAGAAAAAGACCCAAAAAUCAGGACUGUCCCUGUAAAAUUGGGACAUCUAGUCAGCCUACGUAGCGGUAAUGGAGCGUCAAUGGUCCUGCGAUCAAGGGAGAUCUUUGCUCUGGGGCUUGGUUUUAUUGGGGGGAGGAGGGGCGAGAGGUUCAGCUGGGAGGAGUUUGACAAAACACCUGCUGCAUUUGGGGGGUAUUCGGGAUAUACCAUAGUGCCACUGGUAGAAGGGCACAGGUUGAUACAGUCGGGAGCUACCAUUUUACAUCUUCAGGCAGAAGGGGGCCUUUGGGAUAUACCAUCUUAUCCCGUUUAGCAGGGGGUUGCAUUGUGGAUUUACCAUUUUAUUCCCUUGGAGUAGAGGAGUUGCCUUAGGGAUUUACCAUUUUAUCCCCUGGAGUAGCGGGGGCAUGGGGUUUGCAGGAGCUACACUAUCUUCAUCUCUGGGAGGGGGGAGAUUGCAGUGACGCUGGCACCUCCCACCUGCACUCCUUAGGUGGGGGGCCAAACCAAGGAUGAUGGGGGCUUAUCCCUCUAACUACCAGUGACACCCCAGAGGGAGGGAUCCCCUUGAUAAUUCCACCCCCCCAUAUAGGCCCCCCAGUUGUUGGCAUGCCGCUAUUUUGCAUGUCUGUGUUUAAAGAAGGGAGGGAUGACGGGGGGGGUUGAUUGCCCCCCAAACACACCUAUCCCCCGGGUCUCUGUCCUCCACACCCGUGUGCUUCUCUUUAACCCUUCUGUGCCCUGCCUGCAGAGCACCAGGCUGCUCGCUCUGCUUCACACUCUUUGGGGCUCACA